GGAGAGCGCAUAACUCACGUUGCAGGGGGGAGGAUGAAUGGGGCAGGCUGGGCCUGUCAGCACAUAUUAAGAGAAGGCUGCGUAACUGUUAUCAGCAGUGGGGGAGGUGCAAUGAGGAUUUCUCACCAAUACACAGAUGUUAGGGGGGAUUGAGAGCAGAACGCGUUUUAGCUUUUUAGAUGAAUGUCCUAACAUGGGCACCGUACACGCUGAUGAUCACAACUGCAUGCCGGGAGCUGUCAGCUGGACUGUGAGCGGCGUUGCUGGGUGUAGGUGAUGCUUUCUCAUGAGAACAGGCUUUGCCUCUAGAGGGACGUGGAGGGAGAAUGAACGCAGAGGAAGUGGAACUUCUGAGUGACUCCAAGUAUAGGAACUAUGUGGCAGCUGUUGACAAAGCAUUAAAGAACUUUGAAUACUCCAGCGAAUGGGCUGAUCUUAUAUCUGCUCUUGGGAAGCUUAACAAGGUCUUACAGAACAACGCAAAGUAUCAGGUUGUUCCUAGAAAAAUAACAAUUGGUAAGAGGCUGGCACAAUGCCUUCACCCUGCCUUGCCCGGUGGAGUUCACAGGAAAGCACUGGAGACCUACGAAAUAAUCUUCAAAAUUAUUGGACCAAAGCGCCUUGCCAAAGACCUCUUUCUGUACAGCUCUGGUCUCUUUCCUCUACUGACAAAUGCUGCUAUGUCUGUGAAACCAGUAUUACUUAGUCUGUAUGAAAUGUACUACCUUCCUCUUGGCAAAACCUUGAAACCAGGGCUGCAAGGACUGCUCACUGGAAUCCUUCCAGGACUAGAGGAAGGUUCUGAAUAUUAUGAUAGGACUAACACCUUGUUAGAGAAGGUGGCUUCUGCUGUGGAACAAUCUGCAUUCUACGGUGCAUUGUGGGGAAGUCUUCUCACCAGUCCUGCAGUGAGAUUACCUGGCAUCACCUAUGUGCUCUCACACCUUAACAGAAAGCUUUCUAUGGAAGAUCAGCUUUAUAUCAUUGGCAGUGAUAUUGAAUUAAUGGUAGAAGCUGUGAGCACAUCUGUACAGGACUCCAGUGUGCUUGUUCAAAGGAGUACGCUAGACCUUAUCCUCUUCUGCUUUCCUUUCCAUAUGAGCCAGGCAACCCGUCCUGACAUGAUCCGUAUCUUGUCAGCUGCACUGCGUGUGGUAUUACGUAGAGACAUGUCUUUGAAUCGGAGACUUUAUGCUUGGCUCCUUGGGUUUGAUAACAAUGGUACUGCUGUAGGACCAAGAAGCUCAAGGCAAAGCAAUCCCGAGGAACAUGCCACUCACUAUUUUAAUACAUUCUCCAAGGAGCUCCUAGUACAGGCUAUGGUAGGAAUAUUACAAGGAAAAGAAAUGAGCAGAGAGAGCGCCCCUGUGCAAGACUUAAAGCCAUUCCGAAUUCUCAUAAGUCUAUUGGACAAGCCUGAGCUAGGGCCAGCAAUCUUGGAAGAUGUACUAAUAGAAGUGUUCAGGACCUUGUACACACAGUGCAAAGCAGAACUUGAUCUUCAGGCUCAGACACCCUUUAGCAAGGACCCAGUGCAGUUAAGUAGUAAACUAAGGGAAAACAAGAGGACUGCCGAGUUGAUAAAAACAGCAAACCUCUUGUUUAACUCAUUUGAACCUUAUUACAUGUGGGAUUACAUCGCUCGUUGGUUUGAAGAAUGCUGCAGGAGGACUUUGCACUCCAGGAUACAGACCCCAGGUGGUGACAGUAGCAAGCCUGAGUUACCACUUAUCAAUUUUUGCUUGUUGGUGGACUUCUUGUUGGAUAUAGUGUCCUUGCCGACUAGAAGUAUGAGAGUGAUUUGUCAGGAGGCAUACAUAGAAAUACAGACCGAGCACCUGCCUCAGCUUCUCCUGAGGAUGAUUUCAGCACUGACAAGCCAUCUUCAAGCUCUGGACCUGAAAGAACUCGAAGACUCACUGAGGCUUUGUUCCAAAAUCCUCAGCAAGGUUCAGCCUCCUCUUUUAUCUCCUGGGGUGGAUGGUUCUGUACAUUUUCCAGGUGGACAAAACAGCUACUGCAAAGAGAAAGAUGAAAGAAAGCUGUCCCCUGUUACCUCAGAAAACACAGGUGAUGUGUUUGAAGAUGGAGAGAACCCGCCGAGCAGUCGGUCGUCAGAAAGUGGCUUUACUGAGUUUGUGCAGUACCAAGCUGACAGAGCUGAUGACAUUGACAAUGAGGGCCAAGGUGCAGCUGGUCUGCCCUUAGGUAGUACUUCAUCAGAGGCUGAAACUGUAUCUACUAUUGGGUCUGAGGAGACACUUAUUCUGCCCCUGUGUUUAAGCCCUCAGAGGAUAGCAGCUCGCAGCAUUAAACCCACACAAAAGACUGCCAUGCAGGGUUGCUUAGAGUAUUUCCAGCAGUUUUUGACAAGACUUUUCACCUUGUACAUUAUUCCCAAGAGUCCUGUUACUAUGGAAGUUAUAAAUGUCGGUGACUUCGCUGGAGCUUAUGCAGACAGUACUAAGUGGCAAACUCCAAUGCAGGAGAAUCCUAAAGAAAAGAAAACUAACAGGCCACUUUCCCCAAAAGAAUACCGCCCUGCCUUUAUUGCUGCAUGCCAGCUAUUUCUUGAAUGUUCAAGCUUCCCUGUUUACAUUGCAGAAGGCAGUCAAGCAUCAGAGAUUCAUGCAAGUAUGGCUAACACAGAUUGUGAGCAGGUCCAGCCUCCUCUCUGGCUCCAGACACUUAUGAACGCAUGUAACAUGGCACAAGACUUCAGCAUUCAGAGUGUGGCCAUCUCUCUUGUCAUGGACCUGGUGGGGCUUACACAGUCAGUGGCAGUUGUUGCAGGAGAGAACUCCAGCAGUCUGGAACCUUCCCAACCUUUAAGCCCUAACCAAGGGCGAGUGUCUGUUGUUAUCAGGCCACCGCUUACUGAAGGCAAUUUAAGAUACAUUGCAGAGAAAACAGAUUUUUUUAAGCACGUGGCUUUAACUCUGUGGGAGCAGUUAGGAGAUCAGACUCCCAAACACCAUCAAAGAAGCGUGGAACUUUUCUACCAGCUGCACAGCUUAGUACCCUCUUCUAGUAUAUGUGAAGAUGUCAUCAGCCAGCAGUUAACACACAAGGACAAGAAAAUAAGAAUGGAAGCUCAUGGAAGAUUUGCAGUUCUCUGGCACCUGACCCGUGACUUGCAUAUAAACAAAACCUCAUCUUAUGGACGCACUUUUGACAGGUCAUUAUUUAUUAUGCUUGACAGUCUAAACAGUUUGGAUGGCUGUACGUCAUCUGUUGCGCAAGCCUGGCUAAAUCAAGUGCUCCAGAGACAUGAUAUUGCAAGAGUUCUUGAGCCUCUUCUGCUGUUGCUUCUUCAUCCGAAGACACAACGGGUAUCUGUGCAAAGGGUGCAAGCAGAGCGGCAUUGGAGCAAGUCCCUUCGAUACCUUGAAGAUAACAGGAACAACUGUCUUAGAAUAUUUACCAGCAGUGAUGCAUUGUCUACCUCCCGGGAAAGUACAGGACAAGUGGCAUCAAAACGAGGAGCCACUAAUGAUAUGGAGACCUUCAGUCUUACAGUUAACCCUCUCAGUGACAGGCUUUCCCUUUUGAGCACCAGCAGUGAAACUAUUCCAAUGGGAGUGUGUGAUUUUGACCUUCCAGACCAACAGACUGAGAUAUUGCAAAGCUCUGACUCUGGUUGCUCUCAGUCAUCAGUGGGUGAAAGUGUCAACUAUGAUGUUGAUGCAGAGAGUAUAUCUGCUCAAGAUAACUGCCAAACCUUAGCAGAAGAACCUAUUGCUGAAAUUGUUCAGCAAGUUAUUUUAGACUUGAUAUACAAAGUUCUUACAGACCUUGGUGAAGAUGCUGAAUCAAGUUAUUCACAAGAUAAUCAGCAAGACACCCCGCAUAUCAUAAAUAUGCCCAACUCUACUGCCAGUGCUAGGGACAAUGAGGGUGAAGUAGUUCAGUUGAAUGAUGAUGUUCUGGUAGCCAAUGACCCAUCUAGACUUUUAUCUGUGUCUGCAGAAGUUGGCAUAGAAAGCCUAGCAAAUGCUAUUUCUAGAAAUAUUUCCUCUCCAUGCAUCAUGGGCCAACAAAACCCCACAGAGUUUAACCUUAACUUGGAAUCACAAAGCAGAAAAAGAAGCCACAGCAGUAUACAGUUCAAUUUUAUAGGAAAAGCUACUGAAAAAGACAGUUCUGCUAAAGAUGUCAGCAAACAGGGUGCAAAGCCCAAGUUAAAAAUGUCUAGGAGGAAAGAUGAAGAUAAGAAAAAAACACAGAAUGAAAAGCUAAAACAGGCAAAUGUUUUUUUUAGUGAUGGGUUGGAUUUAGAGAACUGGUACAGCUGUGGAGAAGGAGAAAUUUCGGAAAUUGAAAGUGAUGUAGGAUCUCCAGGAGUACGUAAAUCUCCACAUUUUAACAUCCAUCCUCUUUAUCAGCAUGUGCUGCUCUACCUUCAGCUUUAUGACUCCUCAAGGACAUUAUAUGCACUUACUGCCAUUAAAGCCAUAUUAAAGACAAGUCCCACAGUUUUUGUAAAAGCUAUUUCAACCACUAAUGUUAGCAAUGCUUAUACCCCGCAAUUGUCAUUGCUUCAAAAUCUUUUGGCCCGCCAUCGGAUAUCUGUAAUGGGAAAAGAUUUUUAUAGCAAUAUUCCACUGGACUCAAAUCACAAUUUUCGCAGUUCAAUGUAUAUAGAAAUCCUUAUAUCUUUAUGUCUGUACUUUAUGAGAAGCCACUAUCCUACUCACGUAAAGGUAACGCAGCAAGAUCUGAUGGGUAAUCGCAACAUGCAAAUGAUGAGCAUAGAAAUUCUGACUCUUCUUUUCACAGAGCUUGCUAAAGUUAUAGAAAGCUCUGCAAAGGGUUUCGCCAGUUUCAUAUCUGAUAUGUUAUCAAAGUGCAAGGUUCAGAAAGUAAUACUUCAUUGCUUGUUGUCAUCGAUUUUUAGCGCUCAGAAGUGGCACAGUGAAAGAAUGGCUGAGAAGAACAUAAUGGCAAUAGAAGAGGGAUUCUCUGAGGACAGCCUAAUUAAUUUCUCAGAAGAUGAGUUUGACAAUGGCAGCACAUUGCAGUCUCAGCUUUUAAAGGUUCUUCAGAGUCUGAUCAUUCUGGAGCACCGUGUGCUGACAGUUCCAGAAGAUAACGAAGCAGGCUUUGAUUUUGUCAUUACUGACUUGGAAAACAUUAAUCCCCAGCAGCCAAUGACUUCACUUCAGUACUUGCACUCUCAACCGAUCACAUGCCAGGGGAUGUUCCUUUGUGCUGUGAUCAGGGCUUUACAUCAGCAUUACACGUGCAAAAUGCACCCUCAGUGGAUUUGCCUUAUGACAUCCACCUUGCCUUAUAUGGGGAAGGUUCUGCAAAAAGUUGUAGUUUCAGUGACUUUACAGCUUUGCAGAAAUCUGGAUAACUUAAUUCAGCAGUACAAGUAUGAAACUGGAAUAACAGACUCAAGGCCACUUUGGAUGGCAUCCUUUAUUCCUCCAGACAUGAUUCUAACUGUCUUAGAAGGAAUAACAACAAUAAUUCACUAUUGCUUGCUUGAUCCAUCUGCUCAGUAUCACCAGCUUAUGGUGAGUGUGGAUCAGAAGCAUUUACUUGAGGCUCGCAGUGGAAUGCUGUCCAUCCUUCAUCUGAUUAUGUCCUCAGUUACCUUGCUGUGGAGCGUACUGCAUCAAGCUGACUCUUCAGAGAAAAACUUCACUGCUGCUUCUGCAACUGUUACCACAGUCAAUCUUGGCUCUACAAAGAAUUUACGGCAGCAGAUUCUGGAGCUGUUGGGUCCAAUUUCUAUGAAUCAUGGGGUAUAUUUUAUGGCUGCCAUUGCUUUUGUUUGGAAUGAAAGAAGACAGAACAAAAAUUCUACUCGCACAAAGGUUAUACCAUCUGCUAGUGACGAGCAGCUUUUGUUGGUGGAACUGGUUCGCUCUAUUAGUGUGAUGAGGACCGAAACAGUGAUACAGACUGUGAAAGAAGUAUUAAAGCAGCCACCGGCCAUUGCUAAAGACAAGAAGCAUCUCUCACUUGAGGUCUGCAUGCUACAGUUCUUUUAUGCCUAUGUUCAAAGAAUUCCAGUCUCCAAUCUUGUCGAUAGUUGGGCUUCUUUUCUUGUGCUUCUGAAGGAUUCUAUUCAGCUUAAUAUUCCAGCACCAGGACAGUUUCUUAUACUUGGUGUUCUAAACGAGUUUAUCAUGAAAAACCCAACCCUGGAGAACAAGAAAGACCAGAGGGAUUUACAGGAUGUAACUCACAAAAUAGUAGAUGCCAUUGGAGCAAUUGCUGGUUCGUCCUUGGAGCAGACUACAUGGCUAAGAAGAAAUCUGGAAGUCAAGCCGUCCCCCAGGAUUACUGUAGAUGGGACCAAUCUAGAAUCUGAUGUUGAAGAUAUUAUGCUAUCCCCAGUCAUGGAAAUAUCAAACAUUACUCCAUCUGUUUACAGUGUGCAUGCCCUGACAUUACUCGCUGAGGUUCUUGCACACUUGUUGGAUAUGGUUUUCUACAGUGAUGAGAAAGAGAGAGUUAUACCUUUGCUUGUUAAUAUUAUGCAUUAUGUGGUUCCAUACUUACGCAAUCACAGUGCACAUAAUGCUUCCAGCUACAGAGCUUGUGUGCAGCUUCUGAGCAGUCUGAGUGGCUAUCAGUAUACAAGGAGAACAUGGAAGAAGGAAGCAUUUGACCUUUUUAUGGAUCCCAACUUCUUCCAGAUGGAUGGAUCCUGUGUUAGUCACUGGAGAUCUAUUAUGGACCAUCUCAUGACACAUGAUAAAACUACGUUUCGGGAUUUAAUGACCCGCGUUGCUGUGGCACAGAGUAGUUCCCUUGGUCUGUUUACUAACCGUGAUGCAGAGUUGGAGCAGCGAGCCAUGCUUCUCAAGAGACUGGCAUUUGCCAUCUUCAGCAGUGAGAUAGACCAGUACCAGAAGUUUCUACCAGACAUACAAGAAAGAUUAGUGGAGAGCCUGAGGCUGCCACAGGUUCCAACUCUGCAUUCCCAAGUAUUCCUGUUCUUUCGGGUUUUGCUUUUAAGGAUGUCUCCCCAGCACCUCACUUCUCUGUGGCCAACUAUGAUCACUGAACUGGUACAAGUAUUUCUGCUUAUGGAACAGGAACUCACUGCUGAUGAAGAUAUCACAAGGAUAUCUGGGCCAUCAGUUGCUGGUUUAGAAACAACUUACACUGGAGGAAAUGGCUUCUCUACAUCCUACAACAGCCAGCGGUGGCUAAACCUGUAUUUGUCUGCGUGCAAAUUUCUAGAUUUGGCCUUAGCCUUGCCCUCUGAAAACCUUCCUCAGUUUCAGAUGUACAGAUGGGCAUUUAUCCCGGAAGCAUCAGAUGAUGCAGGCUUGGAGGUGCGCAGACAAGGCACACAUCAAAGGGAAUUCAAACCAUACGUUGUGCGCCUUGCAAAGCUGCUGAGGAAAAGAGCAAAGAAAAACCCAGAGGAGGACUGCUCAGGGAGAACACUAGACUGGAACCCAGGAAACCUCCUGCUAACAAUCUACAGUAUCCGCACCAUCGAGCAGCUGCUGCCUUUUUUCAACGUACUAAGCCAAGUCUUCAAUAGCAAAAUCACAAGCAGAUGCGUUGGAGAAUCAGGGAGCCCGAUACUUUACCAAAGCUCUUUUCCCAACAAAGACAUUAAAAUGGAAAACCAGAAACUGUUCUGCAAAAUAAGACAAAAGAUUGAGGAGAUGCUUGAGAGAGAUUUUCUUGAAGGGGGUUUGAAGAGCUGAUCUAAAGCCACUAGUCAUGAUCAUCACAUUUGAGUUGUACAGCAUUUGGAUUUUUUUUACCUUGUAUGUACUGUAUGAAACAUGCUUCUUACUUCUCAUUCCAUCAUAUUUAAUUUAAAUAUUUUUAUUUGUAAAUAAAAUCAACUAUGUUAAAAGAGC